AUGAAGCCUUCAAUCGCAUUUGAGGGGAGAUUGUGGCAUGUUUUUGCAUGGGCGAUGGGUCCGCCAAGGCCUCUGGGUGGAUUCCUUCGGGCGAGACCAAACAGGCAGAUUAGGGCAAGACAUGGUCUCAAUCGGGGUCAACGCCACCAGACGCUGUCACAUUGGGGACUUCACCGCACCCGUUCCUCCGUACUCCUGGAGCCCAGGGCCCAGGAAGAUUCCAAGAUUCCAGGUUCACCCUCGGAAACUGUGACCAGUCAAGCAGCCAAGAGCGAUCGAACCACCCAUGGUGCCCUUGGGGAGAUUGCCUGCGGCGGUGUCGAGUUAGAGAGUAAGACCCAGGAGAGGCAUCCGAGCCCCGUCCAGACCCCGUCCGGGUCCUGUCUUGCCUGCUGGCCUCCUGUCUCGAAUGAAGCCAAGCCGCCGCUGCCACAAAAGGGCUUGGCAGGGAACUUGCCUCGGCGGAUGGGAGCGAGCCAGACGCUCUCCGGUGGAGGCGGGCAGCAUUUAAGAUGAAACGUCGCGUCUUGGCGGGCUCCGCUCCAGUUCGCCGGCAUUCAGAAUUUCAUCCUCUGGACGGAUUCCGGAGUAGACCCUGCUCCAAGGGCCCUGAUAUAAGACCCUUCUCCUUGCUACUGCUGCUGUGCCUUUU